CAUGAGAAGAAAGGGCCCAAAAAAAAUUCAAAAACAUACAACAGCAGGGAUUCGCCAGUGGUCACCCACCUGACUACUAAUCCGCCGGUUAAAGGCUUAUCGUGUGGAGAGCGGACGGGAUCCAGAGUGUUCCUUUGCCUGUGGUCGUAUGUG